CGAAUGAAUAAAUUUUAUAGAGUUAACAUUACUGAAAACUCGACUAAAAACCAGUUAGCGGAUAUAACUUGAUGCGUCAACAAUUCGUUUUCGACUGUUGAAAUAUACACAAUUGCUAAUGUAGUACAUAGUAUAACCCGAAAACGCCGAUACCUAAUUAACUGUAAGUGAAUUUCGACAGCAAGUGAAUUAUAUUUAUAAACUGCUUCUAUUUCUGUGAUAAUGAUCAAAUGCUGAUUUCAAGUGCACAUUCAUACAUUGAUUUACAAGUGUUUCGAGAUUAUAAAACAAAAACAAACAGAAACAUAAAAAAGACUACAUCUGAACUGUAACGUUGAGUAAUAUAUCGUGAAAAUGGAAAAUACAACGAACGCUGAUCAUCGUAUUGAUAUGACUGAUCUAUCUCCAAAGAAUCAACACCGAAAUGAUGACGCUCAAAAGUAUUCGCAUACCAAUGGUAACAGCGAAAAAUCCAAUUUAAUGUCUUCUUCGGUGGACAGUGUUCACGAUAAACCAUCCAGUGUGAAUGCAACGUCACUAGAUGUGCGUCACUUACCGACGAGUCGACGAUCAGAAGCAUAUAACUCGAAUGCCAGAAAUGGUGCAGUCCUAGAAUCAGAUGUGGAUCCAUUACUCGAUACAGAAAUGAUACCAAAACCUCAUCCACCAAUUGCACAUCCGGAAUUAGACGACGAUGAUGAUGAACCGGACACCAACACUAUUCCAAACACACCACAAGACCAUCCAGGAGUUGAUGAUGGAUUUUUUCCAGUUGACAUCGGCCCUCGUGUUGGAGAUGAUGUCCCGAAAAAUGGACAUCCACCGAAUAAUGGAGGAAAUGGCAAUGUCCCGUCGGGUAGACGACCUAGCAUUAAUAAAAAUUUUCCGUAUGCACCAGGAUAUGCACCAGGCUAUGAUGGGUUUGAUCCGCUGGCUGGUAAUCCGCAAAUUAUACCAGAUGUAAACGUGUAUCAACACAAAAAGACUUUAGCCCAAGGAAUGAUGGACUUAGCGCUGCUAUCAGCGAAUGCCAACCAGUUAAGAUACGUUUUGGAAUCAUAUAAUCGCCAUCCCUACUACUACUUUAGCUUAGUCUUUAUAUCGCUCAGCCUAAUUUUGCAGGUUGCUGUCGGUGUAGGAUUGAUUAUGAACAGUCGAUACGAUGUGAAAAAGGACGACCACAUAUGCAAGGCUGAUAAAAUUAAUAAUUUUACAAUUCUCGGAAUAUUUCUAAUAACAAUUGUCAACGUUUUCAUAUCGUCGUUUGGUGUAGCUGACCCGCCACCGGAAAUGAACGGAUAAUUUAGCAGAGGUCAGAGGCUGUUUGAAGGUUUUUAUUUUUAGUCUCAUUUUUUAUGAAUUAUGAGUCGUCAGUGAAUGUUCUUAAGAUAUAAUUGAUAAAAAUACUCUUGUGCUAUUGGUGCUGCAUUUAUGUGACAAUUUAUUUUUCGACAAGCGCUUUAGCGACAUUUACCCAUUUAAUCUUUUAUUGUAAACUAACUCAAAUGUAGCAAAUAAAUAAAAGAAUUUUAAUUAAAA